UUCCUUAUAGAAGGUUUCGAAGGUUUGACAGACGAUUUCGGAGUUUUACUGGCACAAAGAUUCUGUCCACCACCUUGCGACACAGACCGAACGAUUCCUGCGACAACAACUCCUGCAGUGACUGUACCAACACCUGCACCAACAACGACGACCGAAGCGCCCACGACUACAACAACGACAACUACAACACCAGAACCAACUACAACAACUCCUGCCCCAACAUGUGAGAAACUUAACCUAAGGAAUGGAAGUGUGUCGUGCACCAAUGACAACAAGGACGGUUCUAUUUGUACAUUUUCAUGCGAUGCUGCCAACAGUUUCGAUCUCUAUCCUUCAAAUGGAUUCAGUUCAACUUGCGAGAGGACUUCGUGGGAUGAACCUCCACCAUGCUGCAACCGUAAGAUGAUGCUAUAACUCAUAAAAUGACCUAAGUAUAAUUACAUAAUGCAAGGCGGGUUCAGUACACUCACAAAUCGGUCCAACACAAAUUUUCAAAGCCAUGCAACACGUUAAUGUUGGUCAAAUAUAUACCAACAAUUAAGUAGUCUUCCCUUGUCUAACGUAAAGAAAACUUGGACCGUUCAAUAAACCAGAGUGGAAUGAAAAUUAUAUCAGUAUUGUAUUUCUACGCAGGCCAGUGUCCUCCUUAUGCCAAGAUAGAUGCUGUUGUGAUCCUAGAUUCUUCGAGUUCCAUUACUAGACCUAACUGGAAUACAUUGGUGGCUUUCGUUCAAAGAGUUAUCCGGUAAAGUUAUUGAAUUACAAAUUGCAUUGGAAUAUUCGGUUUUAAACAUCAACUGCGCUUUUCAGCGAUAUAACACUUGGAGCCGAAAGCGCACGGAUCGGUGUCUUUCGAUACAACAGACAUGUAGACACAGUGAGCCAAAUUCUUAUGAGUGAUUUCCCGAACGAUAAAGCUGGUCUUCAAGAAGCAAUUGCAAAUAUUCCUUAUAAUGGCUUUGGUAAGAAAACUUUCAAACAGAUUUCGAAUAAGAAAAUGUUUCUUUGGGAUAAUCACGUUCAAUUUUCAAGGUACAUUCACCGGUCAGGCAUUGAUGUAUGCACAUGACGUCAUGUUGGCACCGGGUAAUGGAAACAGAUCGGACGUUCCAGAUGUUGUGUUCACUAUAACUGAUGGUCGAUCCCAAGACGACGUUGUAGGACCAUCUAACUUACUACGAGCCAACGGGGCACAGACGUACGUUGUUGGUAUUGACCCUGGAUUGCCAGGAAUGGAAUUGAGAAUGGAUCAUCUAAUCGAAAUUGCUGGAAACGAAUCCAAUGUUUUCCUUAUAGAAGGUUUCGAAGGUUUGACAGACGAUUUCGGAGUUUUACUGGCACAAAGAUUCUGUCCACCACCUUGCGACACAGACAGACUUAUACCAGCCCCAACAACAACUACAACACUAGCACCCACAACGACAACUACAACACCAGCACCAACGACAACUCCUCCCCUCACAUGUGAAAAACUAAAGGAUGUUAAGAAUGGGAGCAUGUCAUGUACCAAUGAAAAUAUAAUGGGUUCCACUUGCACGUUUGAAUGCGACACUACCUAUAUGUUCAGCCUUUACCCUCCGGGAUCGAAUUCUUCGACGUGUAAUGGUUCUCACUGGGUACAGUCCCCACCCUGUUGCAACAGAGAAUGCCCGCCUUAUGCAAAAGUCGAUGCAAUUAUAGUUUUGGACUCUUCAAGUUCAAUUGGCGGCAAAAACUGGAGAACGCUUGUCAACUUUGUGCAAGGAAUCUUAAGCGGAGUCGACGUUGGACCAGAGAGCGCACGGGUUGGCGUGUUCCGAUUCCACAGAGACGUGGACACUACGACUCAAAUUCUCUUAAAAGAUUACCCGAACGACAAAGUUGGCUUGAUGCAGGCCAUAUCAACAAUGCAUUACAAUGGCAGCGGCACGCAUACCGGACAAGCAUUACUUCAUGCAAAUGACGUCAUGUUGAAAUCGGGUAAUGGAAACAGACCGGACGUUCCAGAUGUUGUGUUCACUAUAACUGAUGGUCGAUCCCAAGACGACGUUGUAGGACCAUCUAACUUACUACGAGCCAACGGGGCACAGACCUUUGUCGUCGGUAUUGACCCCGGUAGAGCAGGAAUGGCACUGAGACGUGACCACUUGCUUGAAAUAGCAGGCAGCGAAUCCAAUGUGUUCCACAUUGACAGCUUCUCUGGUUUGACAACGGACUUUGCAGCGCAGUUGGCCAAGCGAAUUUGCGUUGCUGUUGCGUGCAUGUGAUAAGAUCAAGCACUUAUUUAAAUCGCCCCUUUCUAAACUCGUCAUCUUUCGCAAAUCCCUUUCACAUAUAAAACCAUUUCACAUCUAUACCCUCAACGUAUACCAUUUUACUAUGUUGUAUUAUUUCAUCUGAUUAUUAAAUUGACUGAAAUCAUCUCAACGUAUAUCCUAUAUAACAACGAUGACCCUAUUUAUAUACUGUUUCAUUAUUACAUAUUUUCGUUAGAAUUAAGAAUAAAAUAAUAACAUAUUAUCCAGUGUUAAUAAAUCAAACCAUCU